AGUGCGCAUGCAUGGGCCCGCCCUGAGUCACCGCUCCGCGCCCGGCGGAAAGGCGGCGGGCGGCCACCAUGAGCCGCCUGGGGAGGAGAGCCAACGAGACCCUCAUCGAGAUGGCUCUGUCGGCGGACGAUGACAUUGCGAUUCUCACCAAGUUCAAGCCAUCACAUUCAGAAGGGGAAGAAUGCAAUGGACCUGAAACUAUUUCAACUGCAGGAUCAGAAAUCCCAAGCAGCUCUGAGGGCCUAAACAGCACUGAGACUACUUUACUCAUCCCUGAGCAUCAAGUGCAGAGUGGAAGGAAGUAUAAUCUGUUCCUGAAGCGACGGCUCAGGAUUGAUAAAAGACAUCAAAGCAAAGAUUCUAUUUUCUUCAGGGAUGGUGUCAGGAGAAUUGAUUUUGUUCUCUCCUAUGUGGAUGAUCUUAAUAAGGAAUGGGAAAAAAAGUUGGAAAGGAGAAAAGAAUUUGAGAGCAACCUGCAAAAGGCUGGUUUGGAGCUAGAAACAGAAGACAAGAAGGAAUCUGAAGAUGGAAAGAUUUUUUUUGUGAAGAUCCAUGCGCCAUGGGAGGUUCUGAUCACAUAUGCAGAAGUACUGAACAUUAAAGUUCCCAUCAGGGAAAAUGACAUUCCCCCCAUGGUGGAGAACCCCCUGGACUGUGUGCUUUUCCCACUGAGGCUGCCUGAGAAGGUGAUGCACCCUGAGCCGGAUUAUUUCACGGCACCGUUCAGCAAGGACAAGCAGGAGCUGUACCUCAUCAAUGAUGAGAGCACUUUCUUCUCACCUUCCAUGAGAAACAGAAUAGUUAAUUAUAUUCUUACACGUUGCCCAUAUGGAACAGAAGAAGGGAAGAAAAAAUUUGGGAUUAAGAGACUGCUAAACAAUGGCACCUAUACAGCUGCAUAUCCUCUUCAUGAUUGCCAGUACUGGAAGAAGGCGAGUGACCCGAACUGUGACAGCGAGCGGUACACGCUCUACAUGGAGUGGGCCCGCUUCCUGCGCUUCUACAAAGAGCAGCCCCUGGAUCUCAUCAGAAAGUACUAUGGUGAGAAGAUUGGAAUCUAUUUUGCCUGGCUGGGAUUUUACACUGAGAUGUUAUUCCUUGCAGCAGUUGUUGGCUUAAUCUGUUUUCUUUAUGGUUUGUUUACAAUGGAUGAAAAUAUGAGCAGCAAAGAAAUCUGUGACCCUGCAAUUGGAGGAGAGAUCAUCAUGUGCCCGCUUUGUGACCGAGACUGUGAGUAUUGGAGACUGAACACCACCUGCGAGUCCUCACAGUAUUCCCAUUUGUUUGACAACGUGGCAACUCUUUUUUUUGCCAUUUUCAUGGGUAUAUGGGUUACACUUUUCUUGGAGUUUUGGAAGAGGCGGCAAGCAAGACUGAAAUAUGAAUGGGAUUUGGUUGAUUUUGAAGAGGAACAACAACAGCUCCAGCUGAGGCCUGAGUAUGAGGCAAAAUGUACCCAAAAGAAGAAGAAUCCUGUAACUCAGGAGAUGGAGCCUUACUUGCCUUUAACCAGCCAGGCUGUGCGAUUCUGCAUCUCAGGAGCUACAGUGUUGUUCUGGGUGUCCCUGAUCAUCGCCAGCAUGAUCGCCGUGAUCGUGUACCGCCUGGCCGUCUACGCCGCCUUCGCCAGCCUGAUGGAGAACACGCAGACGCUGCAGCCCAUCAGCGGCCUGCUCACCCCGCAGCUGGCGACCUCGGUCACCGCCUCCUGCCUCAACUUCGUCAUCAUCAUGGUCCUGAACUUCUUCUACGAGAGAAUCGCCAUCUGGAUCACUGACAUGGAGAUCCCCAGAACUCAUAUGGAGUAUGAGAACAGGCUCACUAUGAAAAUGUUUUUGUUCCAGUUUGUCAACUACUAUUCAUCCUGUUUCUAUGUGGCCUUCUUCAAAGGGAAGUUUGUUGGUUACCCAGGUGCCUACACAUACAUGUUUAAUCGCUGGCGAAAUGAAGAGUGUGAUCCUGCAGGCUGUUUGAUAGAACUGACGACACAGCUCACCAUUGUCAUGGCUGGCAAACAGAUCUGGGGGAAUAUCCAGGAGGCUAUUGUUCCCUGGAUUUGUAACUGGUGGGGUCGUCGGAAAGCCAGAAAUAAUCCUGAAAAUUUAUACAGUCGCUGGGAGCAAGACCAUGAUCUGCAGACAUUUGGAGCCUUAGGCCUGUUCUAUGAAUAUUUAGAAAUGGUCAUUCAGUUUGGAUUCAUUACUCUCUUUGUGGCAUCCUUUCCCUUGGCUCCUCUUCUUGCUCUGAUGAAUAAUAUCCUGGAGAUUCGCGUGGACUCCUGGAAAUUAACCACUCAGUUCAGAAGGCCUGUGGCUGCAAAAGCACAUAGCAUAGGAGUGUGGCAGGAAAUCCUCAAUGGCAUGGCCAUCCUGUCUGUUGUCACCAAUGCUUUUAUUGUUGCAUUCACAUCAGAUAUGAUUCCUCGUUUAGUUUACUACUAUGCUUAUUCUGAAAGUGAAGACUCGCCAAUGUCUGGAUACAUAAACAACAGUUUGUCAGUGUUUCAAAUCUCAGAUUUUCCUCUGAGAAAUGAACCUAAAGAGAAUCCAGAAAACUUUGUCAUAUGCAGGUACAGAGACUAUCGAUAUCCUCCAGAUCAUGAGAGGAAAUACUUACACACUAUGCAGUUCUGGCACAUUCUUGCUGCAAAACUGGCCUUUAUAAUUAUUAUGGAGCAUGUUGUAUUCAUCGUCAAAUUCUUUGUCGCAUGGAUGAUCCCUGAUGUUCCUGCGGAUGUGAAAGCCAAAAUAAAACGUGAGAAGUAUUUAACACAAAAAAUCCUACAUGAGUAUGAACUUGAAAAACUGAAGGAGAGACUGUGCCAAGGUGAUAAACGAACCACAGAAAAAGAGUUCAUUGCCACGGAAGGGAGAAUGGAGCUGUCCAGAGCAAUGUAACCAAAAACCCAGCUUUUUGGGAAUUUAGCUUGUUCUAGCUUUUUUUAUCUGUGGUUUGCUCAGUAUGCAUCAUGUUGAAAGCUGUAGGAGAGUUCAACCCUUCUCUUUCGGUCCAAAGAUUUUAUAGUUUUGUUUAAAAGUUUUACUGAGCUUUCAGAGUUAACUGUAUGAUUUCAGCACUGGUUUUUAUUUACCCAUGACUUUGAACAGUAAAUGUAGUCUUGUAAUCCUAGAAUUUGGACUCCUGGGAUAGGGACUGUUAACCUCAAAGGGCUCACAGGACAUGAUAAGGUCAUUUACCACCAAGCCCUCUCCCUGUUGCUAAUUGCAACAUUCCAGGCUGUAUCCCAGCUGGCUGAAAAGGAUACCACAGAGGACCACUGCUGUGGAAAAUGCUGAAAAUUAUCAUUAUUUUAUCAAGUGGUAAUUUAAUAGAACACUUCUGAUACAAGGAUUAAGGUUUGGGGCUUUUUUUUAUAUUCACUAUGUCUUACGAAACAUUGGUUUGAACUUCUAUACAUUUUGUAGAAAGAAUUGAUUUUUAAAGAUAUAUUGGCAUAAUUCCACUUGGAAUUAUUUAUAGGCACAAAUUCUGUUAAUACAAUAGUGAAGGGAAUAAAAAAAUCAGUGAAGGGAGAAAAAGCCAUAAUAUAUGUUCAUAAAUAUACAAUUUAUGGAACAGUUUACUCUCUAAAUGCAGAUAUUGUGGAAUCACCUAAUUGCAGUGGGUUUUGAAAAAUAUGUAUGUGAUUUGGACAAUAACAGUUAUUUAAUUUCUCAUUCUCAAAAACUACCAUUGGAA